CCUCCUCCUCCUCACCACCAUCAUCAUCUCUCUGUGCGCAUCUGCAGGAGCAGAGCGUUAUGAGUUCACACGGAUACACUGAAACUUAGCGUCUCCUCUCUGCUCACUGGAUGUCCUUCAAAUAGACAUGAGGGAUAUUUAAGUGCAGGACAAGUGGAAACCCCCUGCUCAUUAGAAAUAUCCGCUUUGUCACCUCCAGCCUCCUUGAACUGCGUUCAGAAUGGGAUUACGCACAGUUGGCGCGCCAUUUUACGCAUAUGUGUGCGUCUAUUUAUUUGUGUUCAUCCUGCAAGCUACCCAGUCUCAGAGAAAUCCCGGGACGCAAGUAAGAAAUAACCAAAGACCGGCUCUGCGGAACACGCUGCAGUGGUCCCACAACGGGCAGGUUUUUAGCAUUUUGAGCCAGGGCUCGGAGUAUCAGCCACCGAGGCGGAGGGGCGCACCACAGGAGCAAGUGCAGGAGAGAACUGUCACCAUCAUCCGUGAUGGGGACGUGAGACAUCCGGACACCCAGAGCCAGCCGGCGGCUCAGCAGCAGCAGCAGCAGCAGCAGCAGCAGCAGCAGCAGCCUCCUCCCCCGGCAGCGUCCAUCCAGCAGAGCCUUGUGACUGCGCUGGUGAGAGGGCGAGAGCACCGCCAGCAUCACCAUGACCGGACCGGUGAGCGCACGGGGACGCAGGGGAGCAACAGGGCAAACGAGACCCAGGAGAAGGUCACUGUGAGUCCACCUCUGCCCAGGAGAGAAGACAUGAUGGCCGGUGACGAUCCCUACGACCCAUACAAGUCCACUGAUAGUGAUAAUCCAUAUUAUAAUCAUUAUGACGUGUACGAGAGACCGAGGCCCAGAUCGAGACCUGGAUAUGGCACAAGGAACCAUCAGUACGGUCUCCCUGAUCUCGUACCUGACCCGUACUAUAUCCAAGCCUCUGCCUAUGUCCAGAGAGUCCCCAUGUAUAACCUGAGAUGUGCAGCUGAGGAGAACUGUUUGUCAAGCUCGGCCUACAGAGGCGAUGUCAGAGACUAUGACACCCGCAUGCUGCUGAGGUUCCCUCAGAGAGUCAAGAACCAGGGCACGGCCGACUUCCUCCCCAGCAGGCCUCGCUACUCCUGGGAGUGGCACAGCUGUCACCAGCACUACCACAGCAUGGAUGAGUUCAGCCACUACGACCUGCUGGACGCCAACAGCCAUCACUCAGUGGCUGAGGGCCACAAGGCCAGCUUCUGCUUGGAGGACACGUCCUGCGACUACGGAUACUACAGGCGAUAUGCCUGCACCGCACAUACCCAGGGUCUGAGCCCAGGAUGUUAUGACACCUACAACGCAGACAUCGACUGUCAGUGGAUCGACAUCACAGAUGUGAAACCUGGGAACUACAUCCUCAAGGUCAGUGUAAAUCCCUCCUAUCACGUCCCAGAAUCAGACUACAGCAACAACAUUGUGCGCUGUGACGUCCGCUACACUGGCAACUACGCCUACGUGUCAGGUUGUCAGAUGUCAGGGUAUUAAAAGUCGACAGUCAUUCACAGCAGCUCAGCUGAGACAGAAAUGAAAAUGAAGAGGACUGCAUAUAAAAAAAAAACAUAAAAAAGACUUGCAUUCAUUUUAUAAUUUAAAUAAUCCCAAUUUAGAAAAAAAAUAAGUCAUCUGACGUCAUAGUGGCAGAUAAUGUUGAAUUCCUCUCUGCUUGUGUAGUUUUUUUUUUCCUGCUUCUGAAAAAUAUAAUGAUUUCUCACUUUUAUUCUUUUAAAAUUUUUCUUAACUGUAUUGCGUUUUACUUUAUGCUUGCUUUUCAUAUCCCCUCUAGAAUAAGAUCCAUGAAAUUUAGAGGCCGAAAUAGACAAACACACACAUAAGCCAGUUUAUAUCACACUUUUUGAAUGAACCACUUGUUUAAAGCUAAAUGUAUGUGUUAUAUUUAUAUGCAAUGGAAGAAACUCUUUCUCUUUAAUCCAAAGCUUUUGAUGAAACUUGAAUAAAACUUUGUGAUAUUGUA